AUGGCCCUUCUAUUUACACACCUGAUGAUGCUAAUUACCAAGUACAUGCACAAUGGUGCUUCGUCUAUCAGCGUUAUGCAGGACAUUGCAGGCCUACUUCUGUUGGUCAGCAUGGAAUGUGCCUUUGAGGUGAUGCUUUUACUUGUGCUGGUCCGCCAGAACAAUCUCCCGAUGCUAUCAUCUGCUUACGAGAAGGGUGUGCUGCGCUGCAGCUUUUUGGUGCAAGCAUGUAUAGCAAUCGCCUAGUAAGCGAUGAUUGAUUACGAUUUUGCUCUUGGUGUCUAUCGAUUACCCUGUCUGUCUGUCUGUCUGUUUGCAGCAUAUCGAAUUCACACCCAUACACUUGGGUGCUCAUGCUUCGUACGACGGACCCUGACAAAUGGGGCGAUACUACUCCUUUAGAUAUCUGCCCCAACCAUUCCAACGUAUUUGUUUUCUAGGGAGAUACCAGCAUUGUGUACUCGCCGCGAAAAAGCAUGUAUCUAUAGAAGUGCAAAGCUGGAAUCUCUUAAUGUCGGGGGGGUUUGUGUGGUGUGGGAAGGGCGUGCUGACUUUUUGAAGCGACAAUAAGCCCUUGCUUUACAUAGAGGAAGAGGGACAGGUGGAGGUCAGACAAAGUGUGUUUGCUUAAUGGAUGGACAAGCUUCAAUUGAAUACACAAGACGUACAUAUAUAUAUAGAGUCUAUACACUAAAUCAAGGGUUAAACCCAUAUAGGGUUGAAACCCUUCAACCCCAUCAGACCCAUUCACAGGGUUUAGUGUAAGGAAUCCCUUGCAUAUGUCUAUUUGCGUCGUCGUCAUUAUUGUAUUUGAGUUCAUUCGCAUCUCCGUCGGUCAGCUGGUGACCUUGAGCCGUGGCCACCGCAACGCAUCCGCACUGCGAGGCGCACCCAGCGCCUUCCUGGUACACACAUAUAUAUACACAUCCUCACGAAUGGUCCGCUGUGCAGCCCUUGCUGGUGAAUGACAGGGCUGUGAGUGGCCCUAUCGUGCUGCAUUGGUGCCGGCCGAGGUACAUGUCAGACAGCCAUCAGAGAACCCCUGCAUGCUGCGUGCGUGCGUUGUGAUCGUGUCCUUGUUAGCAAUUAUCCGAGCCGGCUAUCGUCGUUUUUCGGCGGGGGUAUCGGCACCUUUGUGGGCCGGAUGUGGCAGAACCAGCUCAAGGCCAUGCGGCGGGAGAGGAUCAACGAGGAGAAGGAGAGUGAAGAGAGGCGCCGACAAGCCGACCAGAGGAGGCGGGACAGCUCCCGGCGGCAGAUGCGGCGGCGGCGGAAGAGGAAGUGA